GCUGCCCCACUAUGACACUGUUCAGGCUGCAGAGAAGAGGAGGAGUUACAGCAUAAAGCUACAGCGUUUGCUUCCAAGGUCCUAUGAUGUACUUUGUUGUUCCAAAUUCUGUGCUUCCACUCUGAGUAAUGUUCGUGCAGGCAGGAUGCUGGGGACGGCACGGCCAACACGAAACUCUACCGGAGCAUUCGGCAGGCUGAAGACUCAGAUUUGCAGGUUAUCAGGACACAAUCUACAGAUAAGAAUAUGUAUGUAUUUAAAUAUGAGCUGCUCCCUUGUCCAAAGGUCAAGCUUCCAUAAAACAAGGAAAACACACCUGAAAAGUAUUUGUCUGCAGUAUCAGCUGUAUCUUCUUCUCAACAGCCAUUUCUCGUGCCUUUUAAAGAAUGAGAAGGGACUAAUCAUCUUCUUCCUAUGUGCUUAUGUGUCAAAGACAGCAGCAGGCCAUUGCAAGUGGGCAGAAGUUCUGAAAGAUUUGGAGCGGAUCAAGACAUCCAAAGAUAUCGAUGUCAGUUUAUAUACUGCAAACACAGAUGAGGAUAAAGAAUGCCGAGAACCUGUAAUUAGAUGUUUUUUCUUAGAGACCAAAGUGAUUCUUCAAGAAUGUCUUAUCAAAAAUUGUAGCAAAACACAGGAUGUAUUGAACAUAUGGAAAAAUGGAAAUGCAAGCUUAGAAAAUAACAAGUUGAGUUCCAAAAGAUCAGCAAAAUGUAAAGAAUGUGAAGAGUAUGAAGAAAAAAAUUUUACAGAAUUUAUACAGAGUUUUGUCAAGGUUAUACAGAGGGAAUGCAAACAGUGACCAAAAGACACAAGCUGGGAACCAAGAUUCUUCCACGAACAUCCUCACAGAAAUUACAUUAUCACCAACAAUAAACUGGAAAGAACAUCACUUACAAUCCCACUUAUGGAGCAUAACACGUAAACAAAGAAAAAUAAAAUCCCUGUAAUUCACAAUAUAUUCAAAACUGAAUACAUGCAAAUGAUGCCACUUCUUAAAUAAAAAUGAAAAGAAUUUAAAA